UCCGACAGCGCGGAGCCCGGGAUACGCGCUCCUGUGCAUGUGCGCGGCUUGACUGUGGUGCCGAUGCGCGUCUGAGCCGUCACGUCCAGCAACGAUGAAGCUGCUGCUCGCAGUGGUCCUGGUGGCAGCUGGAGCGAGCGCAGGUUCAUCGAAGCAGCAUAUCCCUGCUGCUUCGGGGGCUCGCGUCUUGCAGAAGCGUGCCUCUACAGGAUCACGAGCCACAGGCCCAGCGGGCGAGUGGUGGAAGGUUUGGUGGCAGAACUACAUACCAGAGGUCACCGACCCCACAGCAGUGCCACACCUGACAACGCCAACGCCUGAAGAAUACGGACCGGAGCCGAGGCCACAAGUACCUUCUGCACGACCUCCACCUUCGUUUCCUUCUCCACCUCCUGUGUCCAGACCACCACCCCCACCACCUCCUCCACGAAGACCCCCUCCUGGGCCUCCUCCAGUGGCGAGACCCCCACCACCGGGUCCACCUUAUCAGCCCCCAGCACCCUCGCCUAGGCCACCACCCCCACCACCUCCUCCACGAAGACCCCCUCCUGGGCCUCCUCCAGUGGCGAGACCCCCCCCCCCCGGUCCACCUUAUCAGCCACCAGCACCCGCGCCUAGACCACCACCCCAACGACCUUCCCCUCGGCCACCACCUGCAUACCAGCCCCCAGCACCACCUGUGGCCAGACCACCACCCCAAGUUCCCCCAGCACGACCACCACCGUCGUUUCCUCCUCCACCUCCUGUGGCCAGACCUCCGCCACCACCACCUCCUCCACCUAGACCCCCUCCAGGGCUUCCUCCGGUGGCGAGACCACCCCCGCCUGGUCCACCAUACCAACCACCAGCACCUGCGCCAAGGCCACCACCCCGGCGCCCCCCUGGACGACCGCCUCCAGCGUACACUCCUCCACCUCCUUCAGCUGGACCACCGCCUCAAGUUCCCUCGCCACGACCCCCACCUUCAUUUCCUCCUCCACCUCCUGUGGCGAGACCUCCCCCCCCAGGUCCACCUUAUCAGCCGCCAACACCCUCGCCUAGACCACCGCCUCAAGUUCCCUCGCCACGACCCCCACCUUCAUUUCCUCCUCCACCUCCUGUGGCCAGACCUCCACCCCCACCACCUCCUCCACGAAGACCCCCUCCUGGGCCUCCUCCAGUGCCGAGACCCCCACCACCGGGUCCACCUUAUCAGCCACCAGCACCCUCGCCUAGACCACCACCUCAAGUUCCCUCGCCACGGCCGCCACCUUCAUUUCCUCCUCCACCUCCUGUGGCCAGACCUCCACCCCCACCACCUCCUCCACGAAGACCCCCUCCUGGGCCUCCUCCAGUGCCGAGACCACCCCCCCCUGGUCCACCUUAUCAGCCACCAGCACCCUCGCCUAGACCACCCCCCCCUGGUCCACCUUAUCAGCCACCAGCACCCUCGCCUAGACCACCCCCCCCUGGUCCACCUUAUCAGCCACCAGCACCCUCUCCUAGACCACCCCCCCCUGGUCCACCUUAUCAGCCACCAGCACCCUCGCCUAGACCACCCCCCCCUGGUCCACCUUAUCAGCCACCAGCACCCUCGCCUAGACCACCACCCCAACGACCUUCCCCUCGGCCACCACCUGCAUACCAGCCCCCAGCGCCACCUGUGGUCAGACCACCACCUCCUCAAGCACCACCACCUUUCCCCAGACCACCACCACAAGUUCCCCCAGCACGACCACCACCAUCGUUUCCUCCUCCACCUCCUGUGGCCAGACCUCCACCGCCACCACCUCCUCCGCCCAGACCCCCUCCAGGGCUUCCUCCGGCGGCGAGACCACCUACCCAACGACCUUCCCCUCGGCCCCCACCAGCAUACCAGCCCCCAGCACCUCCUGUGGCCAGACCACCACCCCCACCACCUCCUCCACGAAGGCCCCCUCCAGGGCCUCCUCCAGUGGCGAGACCCCCACCACAAUUUCCCUCGCCACAACCCCCACCUUCAUUUCCACCUCCACCUCCUGUGGCCAGACCUCCACCACCACCACUUCCUCCGUCCAGACCCCCUCCUGGGCUUCCUCCAGUAGCUAGACCACCCCCCCCUGGUCCACCAUACCAACCACCAGCACCUGCACCUAGGCCACCACCACAAGUUCCCCCAGCACGACCACCACCAUCGUUUCCUCCUACACCUCCUGUGGCCAGACCUCCGUAA